AUGGCAAUCUCAUCGGCCGAUAACUGCAACGAACAUGCAACGGACAACCUGACUUGCCUCAGUCCUCUCGCCGCCUGGUUCAACGAGAAAAGUUCUCGUACCUGGAAUAGCUCGCUUCAAGGUGCUGACAUAUCUAUCAAACAUGAACAGAACUACCAUAAGGCCAGAAAGCGUGUUGUAGAGGCCGUCUCGUCCGUGCUCGGUCCUGCGGCUAGUUUAGCCCAUGAAGCGCUCUUUUUGGGCGUGGACUUGCUUCAGUUUGCUCCUGUACCUGCACUAGACGUUGCCGGGCAGGUUCUACUGAGUAUCUGGGACGCAGUAGAGAUGAUGGAGACCAAUCGUCUCUCGUGCUUGCGCCUUGCUGAGAGGUGUGCCGAGCACCUAUUGGCUAUCUGGGAGGAGGUCGUUGCAAACGGCGAGGGCAUCGCCGACGAGCUUCGAGACCCUGUAACUCGACUGCACACAGCUUUCGCAGACAUCAAUGACUGUCUACAAAAGCAAGUACAUCGUCCGUUCUGGGUUCGCUAUGUCAAGCGCGAGGAGAUACAAAGCAACAUCAGUCAUUGCGAUGCCCUACUUAAUGACGCCCUCCGCCUGUUUGAUAUCCGGGUUACCAUACGCACGUUGAAACUUGUGAAAGCAACGGACACACGAUUUUCUCACGCAGGGGCGGCAGACGGAGAUACGCCCAUACCUGGGUCUGGCCUUGACUCUGUCGCUGUAAUUGAAGACCCCAACAAGCUGCACCACUCUAUUGAAGUUCACAAAGCACUCAACAGCUACAGAACUUCGCAAAACUCCGACGAUCUUGCCGGCGACAUGGCAGAAUUGCGGCAGCUUCUCUAUGCCGCUGUUCAGGCAGAAGAUGACGUCAAUAUGAUGAAUGUGCUACAAGUCGGUCGCCACGAGAUGCCACAGGCCAUCAAAGUACUGCAGCAUGCUCUCAAGCGAGAGUCAUGGUCUGACCUGUCGUCUCCGUUCCAAGCUCGAAAACCUCUUCCGCAAGCGUCGAGUGAUGGGAACCCCGACUACCUGGCCCAAGACUUCCUCAGGAGCGGCAUCAAGGCGCUCAAACGCCUCAGUUCAGGGGUUGACUUCACUCCGCUCAUUAGGACGACAGCGGACGCAGACGAGGAUACGAGUGAACCGAGCCCGACUUCGGGGGAUAUUGUGCCUCCAAGUGGUGCAUUGUUGGCGGAAACAGGGCCCGAAGAUGGGGACGCUCGAAUGUCGCCGUUGGUGAUCAGCCGGGAUGCCGGUUAUUGCGCUGCCAUCUACCCUUACAUGACAGAGCACAUAGGCCAUCUCGAUGUCCUUAUUGGCGAUAUGUUUGUGAUCAUUUCCCGCGCCACCGGAUGGUGGCUUGUUCAGCGCGACCUAGAGGGCAAGGGGAACAUCAUCGACGCCUCGAAGUCCGGCCAAGGCUGGGUUCCCACAAAAUGCCUUCUCGAGACGCGUCUUCCUGUCCUCUACGCCCUCGCCUUCAAGUCUACCUUUGCCGGGUCUCUUACGCUAGACUCGAUCAACACAGUGCCACGUGAGAUCACCGCGCAUACGCCGAUCCUCUUGCGUUACAUCGUGACCUCCAGUUGUCGACGAUAUGCGAUCGCCGAUCAUCGUAGAGCCAAUGCCACGCAACUCGAUAUAUCCAGAGGCGACGUCUUGCGCGUGUUCAAGAAGUGUCAGACUUGGGCAUAUGCAAUGAAGGAAGAUAACGGGGAACGUGGCUGGGUACCAAACUGUUAUAUGGCUAAAGAGCCACCUUCAGAUCGAUGA